UACUAUCUUGUUUCUCAACUCUUCCAUGUGUGUUUUCUUUUACUGUUCCCUUGUUUUUCAAGACUAGUGAGCUUCUGGGAUCCAUCCGUGGCCUGAAUCUGCAAAUCAACCCCCGUUUUUGAAAGCUCUUCUCACCCAGAUCAGCUUUUCAUUUGUUCUGAGCAAAGAGAUGAAUCCUUAUGGACGAGUUAAACAAGAGUUUCCAGGAGCUUCAAGCUCAGCCUAUGCUGCUGCUGAUUACAUGGCUGCACCUCAACCAAUGGAAGGACUCCACGAUGCAGGUCCUCCUCCUUUCCUCACAAAAACAUAUGAAAUCGUGGAUGAUUCAAGCACCAAUCGGAUCAUCUCUUGGAGUAGAGGAAACAACAGCUUCAUUGUGUGGGAUCCCCAAGCAUUUUCCAUGACCCUUUUGCCUAAAUACUUCAAGCACAGCAACUUCUCCAGCUUUGUCAGGCAGCUCAAUACAUAUGGGUUUAGGAAGGUUGAUCCAGAUAGAUGGGAGUUUGCUAAUGAGAGUUUCCUUAGAGGGCAAAGGCAUUUGCUCAAGUGUAUCAGGAGGAGAAAAAAACAGCAGCUCCUGUUAGAUCCUUGUGUUGAAGUUGGGAGAUUCGGGGUUGAAGGAGAUAUCGACAGCUUAAAGCGUGACAAGCAGGUUUUAAUGGCGGAGCUAGUGAAACUCAGACAGCAAAUGCACAGCACCAGGGCUUGUUUGCAGGCAACGGAAGAAAAACUGAAGAGAACCGAGAUGAAACAGCAACAGAUGAUGGGGUUUUUGGCCAAAGCAAUGAAGAAUCCCAGCUUUGUUCAGCAACUGAUACAGAAGAAAGAUAAGAGAAAAGAGCUUGAAGAAGCUAUCUGCACGAAAAGAAGAAGGCAGAUCGAUAACCAAAGGCACGAAAAUGUUGAUGCAUUUGAAGUUCCAGAGUUUGAUCAAAUUGCAAUGGGCUUGCAGCCGGUUUUGGAGCAUGUAGAGGGGAUUGAAGAACCUGGAAUUAGCUAUCAUGAUGAAGAUAGGAGAAUCGGUGAAGGGUUUUGGAAUGAUUUGUUGAAUGAUGAUAUGGAGGAAGAAAUACCAGUUUUGCAGGAUGAAGAUCAUGAUAUUGUAGAUGUUGAUGUUCUGGUUGAGCAUCUGGGAUUCUUAGGUUCUAAUCCUAAGUAG